AUGAGCGAUGUGAGUGGCAUUGCAUCCGAGAGCUCAGUGCCAAACACGAACGUAGAGGACCUUCCGGAUGAAGAUGCAGAGCAGAUACGUCUUUCUCGCCGGAUCCAGGAAUCGCUUGAGCCCUAUCGGAAGACGUUCAUUUCUGUCUCUGCGACCUUGCGUUUCCCGCCUCCACAUCCUAUCCGUCGGAUGAAAGAGCUGGACGAUGAACUAACGCGUGUUAAGCGAGAAUGGGAGGACGAGGUCAUCCGCAGGGAAGAGAAGAGCCAUGCCCAUCAUCAGCAAGAGGUAACUGUGACGCAGGCUAGCAUCAGUGCUCCUUCGCCCGACCCGGACGAUAUUGCAGCGCAAAUUGAAUCCUUGCCUCUUCCCGAUAUACCAAGUACGCCUGUGAUUGGGAACAACGAUGCUACCCCUGCAGAGGGACCCGGGUUCUUCGAUUAUAUAUCGACAUCCUCGGGUACAAUAGCCGCAUCUCCGAUGCCAUGUACGCCCUCCGACGAACCUCCGGUGGAGAAGACGACCGUGGAGGACAUCGUUCUUGAGAGCCGAUUGAGCUACAUGAAGUGGCAGCACGCGGAACAACGCCGCAUCUGGGAGUGGUACUUGCGCAAGAACCGGGACGACUUCGACGUCGAAAAGUAUCAAUGCAUCAGCUUAUGGGAGGCCACUCUCCCGAUGACCGAGCCGGGUCUCCAUCGUGCAUGUUCCCCUCCUCAGCUGAAGUACAUCACAUUCUACGGCGAGAAUGACUGCACGCUGGGUCAGUUCAUCGACAAGGCUGUCAUGGAUACACUCGUGAGGUUCCUGGAUCCCAAGGCGAUCUGUGAGAACAAGAGCUGCAACCAGCCUCUCGCGCGUCACUGCAAAGUGUAUGUUCACAACGAGACCCGCCUGGUCAUUGCCGUGGAGCAGUGGGAUGGGCAUAUCAAUCGCGCGAAUUACCUUUCGAACGCGCCGGAUACAAUUAUCACCUGGAGUGCGUGUCGAGUCUGUGGCUCGGCUACCCCGUUCAUCCCGAUUUCGCCUGAGAUGCAAAGGUACUCCUUCGCCAAAUUCCUCGAGCUUCAUUUCUAUCCCGCCGAUGUCCAGCUCGUUCAGGGUGCAGGAUGUCUCCACAACAUAUACCAGCACCACGUCCGAUACUUCGCUAUCAGGGGCAUGACCGUUCGAUUCCAGGCGGAUCCCGUAAUCUUGCACGAGAUCGUGUAUCCCUCGAUGCGCAUCAGGGUUCGUCCGGAGAUGCAACUAGAAAUCAGGAACACCGAUUUCGACCGACUGCAUCGUAGGAACGAAACUUGGUACACCGCGCUCAUAGAUGAUCUCAAGUUGAUCAACAUAGACGCAGCAACGGGCGACGAGGAGUCUGACGCCCGACUAACUGCGGAAAUCAACCAGCUCAUCGUGAAGGCCGAAUGGGAGAAGCAGGACAUUGCGAAACUCAUCAACACCAUCUACAAGGAAACACCAUCUACGGACACUCUUGCUUUAAACCAAGUUCGAGCGUAUCGCCAGGACAGGAUUGUUGCGUGGCAGCAGGAUUUCGACAAAUUGCCGAAACCCCGAGUCACUCAACUCUUUGACCGUUCCAGCCGUAGGACCUCGGCAUUUGACUCAGUCCGAGCAAUUUUCCCUAGGCGAUCGGAUUACUAUGGUUCAUUGGAUGCGCAGCAAGGGAUGUCCGAGCCCGAAGACAAUGGCCCCCUCCUUAUGAGGCGUGUAACCGGUGACUCGUUCACAUCCACGGCUUCCGAUGUGUCCGAGACCGAAUCCGUGACUGACAAUAGUGAAGAGAAGAUAUCAGCUCCUGAUGUGGUUUCGUCACCAACUGAGGUCACACUCCUACCGCCCAGCAUCGUUGACAUCGCCGCGGCGAAGUCAGACGAAGAGAGUGACUCUACAAUCGGUGCGAUUCGCAGGGAGUCUGUCACUAAUCCCAUCCUGUCAAGCGAGGGCGAGCCGGGAACCGAGCGUACGAGCCAUCAUGUGUCCAGACUUCCUAGACGGGCGUCCAAUCACCCUACCGUCGCAGAGCUUGUCAAGAAGUACCAGGACUUUCUACCAGCGCAGGGUGUGGAAGAAUUGACAAAAACUGCAUUUGCUCCUACUGCUCCUGUUGAUGAGAGUGAGCAGGAAAUGCCUAGCGAGAUGCCACCUCGGGUCAGGAGCAAGUCGCGCCGCCGUGUAGUCAACCGCAAGUCCUCUAUAUCCGAUUUUGAGUCAGGUUACGCAGCCAAUGUUGCCCCACGAUAUCUGACACACAGAAGACCUCUCGGUGUAACGCCCUACAACAGCCGAAUUCCAGGGCCUACCGUGUCUUCCUUCGACUCACGCGAUAUCUCGCGGCGUGCUUCUCCGGACAAGCGACCGACAACAACGGUUGCCAAUUCUGAUGUUACUCUCAAGGCAGGAAGACCUUCACCUCCGCUCACGAGGUCGAAUUCUGUUGCUGUAGGUGCCAAGAAGAAAGGGAAGGCAACUGCGCGCAAUCUGCCUGCUGAGAAAAUUACAGGCCCUCGUCCCACCAGCAGUUCUGGGCCGAAAUCGACGCUCAGGCGACAACCAGGUGGUGGCGGAAAGGUCUCGAAUAUUGCCAAGCAUUUCGAGCGAAUUACUAAAGACAAUGAGCGUGCAAACCGACGCUACGCUGUCAUCCGUGGCAGACGUCCCCGACCAGUAGCUUCCGCUCGCGCAAAGGUUGAAGUUCUUGACAGCAUAAAAGAUGCUAUCAGGGACGAAACUGAGAGCUCUGAUUCCAGCGAGGCUGACGACGAGGGCGAUGGUGAUGAAGAGACUGAGCCACAAGUCGAGAAGAAACGUUUGGAGGCUUCGGCUCCCGCUCAGGCUCCCAGCGAGCCUGAAGAGAGCGCUGCAUCCGCCGAAGCACCCCUUGAACCGCCCACAGAAUCUCAAGGUGCAGAACUUCCUGUAGCAGAAACGACUCUAGAACCUGAAAUUACGGUUCAAGAGGCUUCCCUGUCCGUGAGCAACUCACCUAUCCUGACUGCUAUGACACAUGAGCCUGCGCCGUUAGCCUCUCCCGCUCCUGAAUUUGAGGGAAGUGCGACCGGAACCGAGCGACAUUCUAUCUUGAAGGCCCUCUCCGGUUUCUGGCCGCAGACGUCCCAGCCUCGUCAGCGUGCAGAUCUAGAUGGUGACGAUCCCAUGGCGGACCCGGAACAUAUCUUCCGCAAUUCGUCUAUGGUUGUUCGCACAGAUGAACCGACAUCCAUUAUUGCGCUAGCCUUGAACUCUCCCCAGUAUCGGGAACUCCUAUUAGCUUCACGCGCUGAAAAGCGUCAGAGCAAGGAGCCAAAGCUGUCAGACGGCGGGGAGGUCUUUAUGCCGGACGAUCGUUCUAUCGCGGAGUCUACAUCGACUUGGGGUGUAGUCAACGUGGAGAGCUCUGGAGGGGUGGACCCGACGGAAGAACUACGUGUUCCGUCCUCCAAGCAACCCUGGGCGAUUUGUAAAUGUGUCAAAUGGGAUGCAAGCGGAGGAAAAUCUGGUUCGGCCUUCCUGAAAACACUUGAUGAUCGCUUCAUAGCGAAAGAAUUAUCGAGAGCUGAAUUACAAGCAAUGGAAACCUUCGCACCUGCCUACUUUGACUACAUGUCCUCUGCCGUUAUCGCUAAUCGUCCCACUCUGCUCGCCAAGAUCUUUGGCUGUUUCAAGAUAACAUUCAGGAAAACACAGAAGCAGCAAGGGUCCGGAAGGUCUAAGCCUACCCAGAUGAAUCUUCUUGUCAUGGAAAAUCUGUUUUACGACCGACGCUUCUCAAAGAUAUACGACCUCAAAGGCUCCACCCGUAAUCGUCAUGUCCAGUCUACUGGCAGGGAGAAUGAGGUGCUGCUAGAUGAGAACUUGGUCGAGACUGCCCAUUUGACCCCGUUUUACCUCCGUGAACAUUCCAAGCGGAUCCUCAGGGGCGCACUGUUCAAUGACAGCAAAUUCCUUGCCGACAUCAACGUAAUGGACUACUCGCUGGUCGUCGGCGUUGACAGCGUCAAAAAUGAGCUUGUCGUUGGUAUAGUGGGUCAGUCGUCGACCAGUUGUGUACAAUCAAAGAUGUCGAGCUUAUCACCGCGCAGACUACAUUCGGACAUAUACUUGGGAUAA